CAGGGCCAAAGGGCUCGGCAUGGAGAACAUCGGCGGGAUCUUUGUGGUUCUGAUUUGCGGCCUCAUCAUUGCCGUCUUCGUGGCCAUCAUGGAGUUUGUGUGGUCGACACGCCGCACCGCCGAGACGGACGAGGUUUCCGUCUGUCAGGAGAUGCUGACGGAGUUCCGUAAUGCCGUAUCCUGUAAGAAGAAUUCUAGAUCCCGUCGGCGCCGACCCCUGACCAGCACUGGGGGCGGAGUCCUACGUCACCCAUCCCGCCUGACUCUGGCCGGUCCCCGCCCCAUCCGCCUGAUUCGAGAGAUGCGUCUCAGCAACGGGAAACUGUACAGUGGCGCCGGCCCAAUGACGGGCGGGUUGGCAGGGGUCGGGAUGGGAGGAUGCCCCGAUCUGGGCCCGGGCCACAGAGGCUCCUGGAGACCGCUGGGCACCAAAACCUCUACCACCACCCCCCCUCCUGCGUCAGCCCUAGUGGCUCCGCCCGCCCCCCCGCGCAGCUUCCUGCAGGCCUGCAGUCACGUACGCAUCUGCCAGGAGUGCCGGCGGAUCCAGAGCCUGCGACCGGCCGCGCUUACCCCACCCCUCCGCCCUCCUCGUCCUCCUCCGCCUCCUCCUGCUCCCGGGUCCCGCCCUCAGUGGCGAUGA